GAUGCUGGUGGUGUUCUGCACAAAGGGUGCCCUGAGUAAAGGCUGCCAAGAGGUCACCAGAGCCUUCACCCUAAUGAGCGCCACGAUGAAACUGAAGCAAGGGUCGUUUCUGUGGUACCUCUACCUGGACAAGUUGUAUUGCCUGUUAUCCGUGAGGAACGUGAAGGCCUUGCUAGAGUAUUUUCACCUUCUUGACGUCCACCACAACAACACCUUGAACGAUGUGCUGUUCUAUCACUUUCUUCACCACGUGACCAGCUGGAACCGGACACAGAUCAUGAUUGUGUUUAACAUGCUGGACUGGAACGCUAUGGGCGAGAUCGGUUUUGACCAGUUCUACAUGUUGGUCUGCAUCCUGCUGGCACAACAGAACCACUUGGAAGAGCAAUUUAUCUUCCGCCAUUCCCGGCCUGUCUUUGAGCUGCUUGACCUGGAUGGGGAGCUGAGAAUUGGUGCAGAGAACUUCCACAUGUACAACUUUCUCUUCAAUAUCAAGAAACAGGACCUCAGAGAGCUCUACCAUGACUUUGACAUCACAGGUGACCGUCGUCUUAAUUACAAGGAAUUUAAGCUGUUUACUAUCUUCACCAUGGACAAAUACCAGGAGAGGCAGAAAGCAGAGAAAGAUAAAGAUAAAGGCAAAAAGGAUCUGCUCAAAAAGAAAAGGCUACAUCACGUUAAUGUGAGCCUCAAACAGUUUCUUGGAAUAAAUGUAUCUGAAAGUAGACUAUAAGUAAUCACAACUGUUAACAUGUCUAAAAAUAAAUUUAGAAAGUCUAAGUGGAUAUUUUUACAUUGGCUUUCACACAUGAAAGGUUCAAGUAAGUGCUCUUCGAUCAGCAGGUUCUUAACUUGAAUAACUUAUUGACCUCACGAUAAUAAAAUGUGAAGU